ACCGUGCACGGUCAAUAAACUGUCUCCGUCUAACGAAUCUCGUACAUAUUUCCCUUUAUUUCCUGUCAUUUUUAAAAAAUUCAUCGACAUUCCAUCGAACCGGUUCUCUAUUAGUCGAACAGUAAAACAAGGAAUCGCGCGGACAAAGGAAAGAAGAAAGAAAAUAUUCCAUUCGAUGUUGGCCGAACGAGAGACACGAUAAUCUCGGGCAAUCAUAUGACUCCUCCACACGUGACUUUAUUUACAGUUGACUGAUACUCGCGAACAUGUAUGGUGCAGUUCCUUGUGACAUGAUAGACCGAAAACGAAACAAAGUUAGCGAGCAAUGCGGUAGUUACGAGCUGUCAUUAGUUUAUGAUGCCUUUGCUUGAUAAGCUGUUCCCUUCGAGGAAGAGUUUCAAAAAUAACGCUCAAACCGUCGUAGCGUCAAAUAUUGGAACGGAAGAGGAUGAUAGAAAUUCCGCCUUAUGUCUUGGACCGGGUCAAGUUCGGAUCCUGUUAUUCCGGGAAUGCGAGUGGCGUGGAAGGAAGUUAUUGUUCGAUUCCCUUCCUCUGGAAAAACGAUGGUGCAAAAAUCAAGCGUCGUUUGAUCUCAAAAAUAAUAACGACUCGGUUAACUAUUCAAACGCUCGCAAUUUUGAGCGGCAAAAGACGGCCGAGGAUGAUGUCAGUUUAUUAAGCGAAAUGGUAUUCGGUACCGUGGCGAUGACGUACAGAGGGUCUUCGUUUAAGAUUCACUCGAUGAAUUCACCGCCGUGUAUCAUGUGCACAAAAGUUUUCCCCGCCACGGAACACAACACGUGCAAGCAAAGUGAGAGAGUAUCGGAUGAAGGAUUAGGUCGUUCCGUGAAUUUGGAUUCCAAUUCCAGUCUGCGAACACUCUUGUCUAGACCAAGUUCCGGCAACUUGUCAGGGUCUGAAUCAAACGCUGAACCUAGGAAAAAUUCUACUUGUUCCAGUACUGGCAGCGGAUGGGACAUAGACAUACCGCCACCGACGGGCAGUUCACAAUCACUGGAGAGCAAUGGAUCUUCCGGAAUUGGUAGCCUUUCCAGUUUACGUCGCAGAUGGUUGCGAGCAGUCUCCACGUCUUUAGCACGAACGGACUCCGACGAUGCUUUUGGAAUGCAGUAUUGGAAUGAAAAUGGAAAUGAGAAUAAAGAAACUCCUGCUAAGCGUCAUAAGACCAGACUGGGACUAACGAUGUUAGUGCGAUUAGUUGAAGGUCAUGAAAGAAAGAUAGAAGCUUGUCUUCUAGAGCACAUGGCUUUGUUAGAAGGAAUGUUAGAUCGUUUGCGGUAUUUCUGUAUCGAGCCGAAUAACGUUAGCAUUCAGAAUAAAGGAAUGCAACUUCCCGAACGGCUUUACAGAUCUUCUUUUCAAUUGAUUUUCUCGUUACUGCGUUUACUUACAAAUGUUAAUACGAACCGGAGCUCGCGCACACCUUUACUGUGGCAUGAUGUAUUACUUAAUUCAGUGAGAAUAGAGCACAAAAUGAGUACAUUGCAUUAUAGUUUACAACAAAUGUGUCAGUUGCUCGAAGAUAUUGACACAAAAUCGACUAACUUUUUUUUAAGUACAGUUGUGACUGCUGUUUUAACGUACCAUCUUGGUUGGAUAUAUACUACACUGCCUGUUCAAGAUCGACAAUUGAUGGAAAAGUUAGGUACUUGGUAUCCCUGUAAUCCAUUGUGGGCUCAAUUGGGUGACCUGUACGGGGCGUUAAGUAACCCCAUUAGGAUAGCGCACACUGUCGUUGCCGGUGAUCCACAAAAAACCGAUCUGAUUAAUUCUGUUCUAUCUUUUUUAUCAUAUUUCAUUCGUAGUGGACUCGUGCAGAAACGAAAAGAAUACUGCUGCGUUAUUGAAGAAGAUAUCCAAGAAGCUGCAAACAUUUUAGAACAAGCAAGAAUAAAACGUCCGCAUUUAUUUAAUUCGAAAGUAACGUGUAAUGAUCGAGAAACUUCAACAUCUCGACGUAUACCGCGUUCAUCUACGAGGAAAAAAGUUCCAGUAGAUCGUUCGUAUGACGUGGAAAAUGAUAGUGCCACCAUGCAGGGCUGUUACUCUCAAUACAACGUUGAAAGAUUAGGAGCAGAAGGUUCUGUUAGCUCUCUUAAACGCAGCACCACAAUGGAAACGAAUCUUGAUUCGUUUAUGCUAAAACCACUAAAAUCUGAAAGAGAUACGAAGCUCAUGACGAAAGAAUUUUUUUGGGACGAUAAUGCAAACGAGAAGGUCCCUAUCGACGAGAAAACUUGUACGUCGAGCAAAGUUAAAAUAGUUGUGAGUGAGAUUGCAUCGCAAGAUGCUGACGUAACUAAGACUGACACACAAUACUGUUUCGAUUUUCCGUUGCGGAACUUCGAAAAAAAGGUAGGGGACGAUGGUACUGGUGAAGCAUUCACGAAUUCUAAGAUAGAUGCUUUGCAAGAAUUUGAUGACCCGUACGUCAAUACGUUAAAAUUAUAUUCUGCUAGGCCAGAGUUUGAAACUGGUCCAGGCACAAUGAAUGAAAUGAAAAAUUCGCAUGUUCUCUUCAUGCUCGGCGAUGAGGAGAAGUCGUUGAAAACGUUGUCACGACCACGGCUUGGAUAUAAUUGUCAAUGUUCUUACAUGUUUACGAGAGUGCCAAGCACGUCUGCACAAUUGCCAGAAGGCGUGUUGCGAAAAAUCAUUCAGAGAAACUUCCCUGAGUCUUCCAAAAGCAUUCAGUCACCGCCAGGAGUACCUUCAGGGUCUUUUGGAUUUUGUCAAAAGUGCAAUGGCCAGAGUUUCUUGCCUCCUCAAAAUUAUGAUAGCUACAAGCAAGUUCUGGAAACUCCGACCAAUGCAACUGAAGUGUUGCGUACCUGCGGUAACACUGUCGGUGAAGGAAGUGUUGGAAUGUCUAGAUCAAACAGUUUAGAGGCUUUAAUGGAAGCUAGCAGCGUUGUUGAAUUACCUAUGCCCCGGACGAGAAAGAUAAAGAAGACUGAUUCGCGUCAAGAUACUGGGUUCACGAAGACGCUUUUACAGAAUAAAAUAAAAAGCGAAAGCACGCAAGGAGGAAAUAAUAUCGAAACUUCUUACACGUGGGGUUUAGUUUUACAAGGUUUACCAAAAAAGAAGAAGAGAAGAAAAAAGAAAGUUGCCAAGCAAGAAAGGAAUAAAGAGGAAAUUGAAGUAGAAAAAGAAUGGUGGUAUUGUAUACGGGAAGAAUGCCUUGCAAGUGCACGUUUUCCGACCAUUGAUCAACCAGUUGCUGAGUCACUUUGUAUCUUAGCGGAUUUAGACACUUGGCACGUUGGGAUUAUAUCCAAUAAUAUGCCCUCACACACUGCACCUUUACCAGUUGGUAUGUCGAGGCUUGUGUCCAACAUGCUGGAAGGCUUCGUCUACUUAUGGCGAAAAUAUCAUUCAGCUUCACAAUGCAUAGGCAUACUUGAAGCAAAACUGAGAGAAAUGUGGUUAAAAAGUGAAGCAUUGGCUGAAGUACUUCUAGCAACAGAAGUAUGCGAUGCUAGUAUUGCGAAUUUAACCAAUGUUCUCGACCUUGAUGCAGCAGAUAUACCACUUCUACUCGCAGUUGCAACUUCCCAUUCACCAGAGAUAGCACAAAGGUUUGGCCUCACUCUUACUUAACUGCAUCUCAUUACUGUUAUCACAAUUUUUAUUUAGUGACCAAUAGCUUUCUUUUUUAAUUUGAAGCACCAAUUGUGAAAACAUCUUUUCACUGAUUAGUAGGGAUAUAGAUAAUUAUUGUUUUAAGACUUUGUAUAUGUUACUAGAUCUUUGUCCACCCUUUAAAUGAAAUAAUUUUAGGUAAUAUACAAAAAAUCGGAAUUUGCAUUUAAAUAGUGAAAUUAAAUAAAUAUUUUAUUCUAUUUAAUUGUUUUUAAUGUAUUAGUAAAUCUCAAGUGCAAAUAAUUAAAUAUUUUAGAGACUUUUAAUUCAUUUCGAAGGCCGGAUGAUGAUCAAACUUUUUUUAAAACAAGACACAAUAUUUAAUGUACAUACACGAAAAUAAUAUAGUCUUUUAUAUGUAGAAUGAUUAUAAAAUUAUAUUUCAGUUAUUAAAAAUUAUAAACAUAAUUUAAAAACAAAAAUGCGUAACCAUUUUUUAUAAAACACAAAAAUAUAGUUUUAUGUACUCUGUAAGAGUAUAAAACCUAAAUUAAUUUUAUAUUUAAACUGUUUUAGAUUUUCCAGCGUUGUAACUUUUAUAUUGUUUUUCGUAAAUCUGUAACUAUAAAACUAUUUGAAUUUUAACACGAAAAAUGGUUUUCAAAAGAAAUAAA